UCUUAUACCUUUACUCAUCUUCAUAAUGUCAAGCUAUUACAAACUUCAUCUUAUACCUUUACUCAUCUUCCCAAUGUCAAGCUAUUACAAACUUCAUCUUAUACCUUUACUCAUCUUCAAAAUGUCAAGCUAUUACAAACUUCAUCUUAUACCUUUACUCAUCUUCACAAUGUCAAGCUAUUACUAACUUCAUCUUAUACCUUUACUCAUCUUCACAAUGUCAAGCUAUUACUAACUUCAUCAUAUACCUUUACUCAUCUUCACAAUGUCAAGCUAUUACAAACUUCAUCUUAUACCUUUACUCAUCUUCACAAUGUCAAGCUA